GCAUUACCCUGAAGCCUUAAAAAAAAAAAAUGGAGACUGAGGAAGGUAUUAGGUUGAGGAAGCCAACUCCUAUAAAAACGAAGAGAGAAGAGGAGGAGGAGGGAAGAAGAGAUGGAGGAGAAGCUGGCGUGGACAUAAGGAACUGCAACAAGGAGAUGAUGAAUGUGGAAGAAGAGCCAUUGAGCCCAGCGGCGCGUUUGUUUCAUGAACCAAACUUCAACCUGCAUAUUGUAGCAAUCAUGGGGUGCAAGACUAGGAUUUACCCUGAGGUUUUUAAGGCCAACUUGCCCCACACUUUGCUCAGGCACCCUCGCUUCUCUAGUUUACUGGUUGUGGAUGAGAAAAAUGAAGGAAAGAUGAAAUGGGUCAGAACAGAGGUGGAUCUAGACAAGCACAUAAUUAUUCCAGACCUGGAUCCAAACAUGGAGUCACCAGACCAAUUUGUUGAAGACUACAUCUACAACCUCAGCAAGACAACCAUUGACAAGUCAAAGCCACUGUGGGACCUACACCUCCUCAACCUCAAAACCUCCGAGGCAGAGGGCACUGGCAUUUUCAGAGUCCACCACUCUCUUGGCGAUGGCACGUCUCUCAUGUCUCUUCUGCUCGCUUGCACCCGCCAAAUCUCAAACCCUGAGGCUCUCCCAACCAUUCCAGUGAAGAAGAAGAAAAAUGAUGAUAAGAGGGUUUUUAACAGAGGAUUUUGGUGGGUUUUGAAAUUUUUUUGGAAUACUUUUGCUGAUGUAUUCAUGUUUAUGUUGACUGCGUUGUGCUUGGAGGACACAAAGACACCUCUUAAAGGUCCCCCGGGCAGUGAGUUCAACCCUCGACGAUUUGUUUAUCAGACUCUGAGUUUGGACGACAUGAAGCUAAUAAAGAAUGCAAUGAACUUGAUUUAUAGAAUGAUGGCUUCAAUAUUUGUUUUUAUAUAUUUGCGAGUGCAGGCUUUAGCUGAUAUGAUGGAGAAGAACACAGAAGCAAAAUGGGGCAAUUGGAUUGGUUAUGUCCUCCUUCCUUUCACAAUUGCUUUAAGAGAUGAUCCAUUAGACUAUAUUCGAGAAGCCAAGACCACAAUUGACAGAAAGAAACAUUCUCUUGAAGCCAUUUACACUUUCUCCAUUGCAGAACUAGUUCUUAAGCUUUUUGGCAUUAAGAGGGCAAGUGCUCUAUCCCAUAGAAUUAUCUCCCACACAACAAUGUGCUUCUCCAAUCUGGUUGGUCCACUUGAGGAAAUUGGUUUUUAUGGCCAUCCAAUGGCUUUCCUUGCUCCAAGUUCUUAUGGUCAACCACAUGCAUUGGUGAUUAACUUCCAAAGUUACAUAAACAAGAUGACUAUUGUUCUGUCAGUGGAUGAAGAGACAAUUCCUGAUCCCCACCUAUUGUGUGAUGAUAUUGUACAAUCUCUCAACCUUAUCAAGGAAGCUGUCGUAGCAAGAGGGCUUGUCAAGUGAAAAAAAGAAAAGAAAAAAUGGCUUUUUCAUAUUAUUAUUUUUAUUAUUUUUUGUUUAAGUUUAGGGGAAAUAAAUCGG